UGUGGAGGAUUAGGGCUAGGCAGCUCGCUUGCAGGGCCUUGGAGAAGGAGAUGGCGCAGGAGCAAGUGGUGACGCCGUGGGAGGUGUCGGGCAGCGGAGCUAUCGAUUAUGACAAGCUCAUCUCGCAAUUUGGAUGCGAGAAGCUGGAGCAGCGCCUCAUUGACAGGGUCGUCAAGCUCACUGGCAAAAGAGCACACACGUUUCUUCGUCGCGGCGUCUUCUUUGCUCACAGAGACUUUGAGAAAGUCCUCGAUUCUUACGAGAAGGGAGAGAAGUUUUACCUCUAUACUGGACGAGGGCCAUCGUCAGAAGCUCUUCAUCUCGGCCAUUUGAUACCAUUCAUGUUCACAAAAUAUUUGCAGGAUGCUUUCAAGGUUCCGCUUGUCAUACAGCUCACAGACGAUGAGAAGUGUAUGUGGAAGAAUCUGAGCGUGGAGGAGACCAAGAGACUUGCACGGGAAAAUGCCAAAGACAUCAUAGCCUGCGGCUUUGACAUAAGCCGGACAUUCAUUUUCAGUGAUUUCCAAUAUGUCGGUCGUGGAUUCUAUGAAAACAUGAUUAGCAUCGCCAAGAGUGUGACCUUCAAUCAGGUGAAGGGCAUUUUUGGUUUUGAUGGCGAGUCUCAUAUUGGCAAGAUUUUCUUCCCAGCUGUUCAGGCAGCUCCGUCUUUUCCAACCUCCUUUCCUCAUCUAUUUGGGACCAAAAGCAAGAUCAAAUGCCUCAUACCUUGCGCGAUUGAUCAGGACCCAUACUUUCGAAUGACUCGCGAUGUUGCUCCAAGACUAGGCUACCAAAAGCCUGCCUUGAUUGAGUCGAGGUUUUUCCCCGCAUUACAGGGAGAGAGUGGCAAAAUGUCUGCUAGUGAUACGAACUCUGCAAUUUACGUGAAGGAUACCCAAAAAGAGAUCAAGAAAAAGAUCGCGAAUUAUGCAUUAUCUGGAGGCGGAGAUACGAAGGAGCUACAACGAAAGAACGGUGCCAAUCUUAAAGUCGAUAUACCAUUCAAAUACUUGACGUUCUUCCUGGACGACGACGAGGAGCUCGAGAGAAUAAGAGACGAGUAUGGGUCGGGAAGAAUGCUCACUGGAGAGAUAAAAAACAUACUGAGCGAUGUUCUGUGGAAGAUGGUUGAGCAGCAUCAGCAGGCUCGUUUAGCCGUCACAGAAGAGAUGGUGGAUGCUUUUAUGGCUCCAAGAGAAAUGCCUUUUAUGUUUGAAAAGUAGCCCACAGAGCAACAAGCUCUUCAAAGUUUUGGGAGGUAUAAACCAGGAACCUUAAAACCAUUGUUACGCUGGACCGUAACUUGGGAUGGAGUGAACGGGGUAAGCGGUCUUGAUUUAGAAAACGCUCAAGAUGGUCACGCAUCGCAGCAAAAACAUGAGUUGCCAGAUUGAGAUAGUGUCGCAUUGGAACGCAUUGAUGAUGGCUGAGCUCUACCUCGGGCAAAGGAUCCAUAGCUGGAAUUCUUCCACACUGAGAGCUAGGAUCAUACGAGAGAGACCAAAAUCUUCUAGCCAUUCUCGCAGGAUACACUACUUUCUUAAGAAAAGUCAGGAUUUCCUCCGGAUUUUC